AUGGCCGUGAUCACUUUCAGUGCGCUGAACAGACGUCGAGUGAACAACAGGGUCAAGAAGCGCAAUCCUCACUGGGUGGGACUAUCGACAGGCAUCGUAGCUGUUGGGUACCGUGAGGAUCCUGUGCUGCUGGAAGGCUGUUUGAAGAGUCUACGUGCCAUCCGAUACCGGCGCAACCAAAGGAUCGUCCUGGUAGUCGAUGGAAAUGAGGACCAGGACGAAUACAUGGCCAAGGUCUUCGAAAAAGUCUUUGCCAGUCAAGGUGCUGCUAUAUUCCGCCCCCACUUUCUCUGCAAGGAUAGGAGCGCCAACGACCGCGAGAGACAGGAACUGGUCCACCAGAUUGCUUACCAUCCCGGUCCGGUCUGUGUGGUGCAACCCCAUCAUGGAAAGCGCUCAGCCAUGUACACCGGUUUUGCUGCACUCCAGCAGCAAGGCAUCGAGGCAGCCGUCGUUACCGAUUCGGACACCUAUCUGGACCCCCAUUCCUGCACAGAGCUCGCAUUCGCACUGGCAGAGUCGCCUAUUGUUGGCGCGGCGACAGGAGAUAUUCGCAUCUACAACACUGGUACCUGGGUCAGUUUCCUUUCGUCGCUCCGCUAUUGGUUUGCCUUCAACCUCGAGCGCGGUGCGCAAUCGUAUCACGGCGCAGUCAACUGCGUCUCUGGCCCUCUUGGCAUCUAUCGCAUGUCGAUUGUAGCAGAUGUGAUGGAUAGCUGGGUGGAGCAGUCGUUUCUGGGAGUCUUAUGCACAUACGGUGAUGAUCGUCAUCUCACCAACCUGGUCCUUGCAAAAGGCUUCAAGAUCAAGUUCUCACCCUACGCGAUCUGCUACACCGACACGCCAGUACGCUUCAUCGCCUGGGUCACCCAGCAAACGCGUUGGUCGAAGUCGUUCUUCCGUGAGAUUCCUAUCCAACUGGGAUGCAUACAUCUCCACAGCCUCUGGAUGACCUAUGCUCUGUUGUACCAGCUCAUUUAUCCAAUGAUGAUGAUCUACAACCUGGUCAACUGCAUCUACUUCGGCAGUGGUUUGCAGAUCGCGUGGUGGAUGUUCUCGAUCAUAUUCGUGGGAUUACUGAAGACCGCAUAUGCCGUUCGCAUGACGGGCGACAAGAGGUUCUUCUUCACCACCCUCUAUGGCUUUCUGUACAUGCUUGGAUACGUUCCUGCCAAGAUGUAUGCCGCCUUAACGCUCUAUGAUAAUUCUUGGGGAACAAGGCAAGUUAUUUUUCUUUUCGAUGUUAUUAUCGCUGUUGCUGCCGCAUGA